AUGUCUUCGCUUUGGGUCUUGUAUUGGGGAGCAGUUGAGGUCUGGGGCUCGGGUGCCGUUGAUCCUCGCCUUGGUAAAGGCCCAGGUUUUAGUUGCGUUGCUUUUUGGGCUGAGAUUUCGUGCUCUUCUUGCUUGAGCUACUGCUUUCUUGCAAUUUACUGUCCACCACGCUUGGGCAGGUUCCGGUUUGACUUCUUCGGUUGGCUUGGAGAGCUUGAUUCUGCUGGCUUUGUUGGCUUCCAUGAUGGCGUUGUAGUAAAUCAGGUGAUCCAGUCGGCUUCUUUGAAGUUCCAGGUUGGUGGUCGUGCGGUGGAUAUCGUGGGUUCGGACUUGACUUUGAAGUGGAUCGGGAGGUGGUCGCUGUUGAGGUGGGGGCCGGUCGUUAUUUCGGAUGUCAGGGCCAGAUGUGAUGACAUUAGUGUCAAGUCGAUGGUUGAAGAGGAUGUGGGCGAUGGCGCGUCCGCUUUGGUUAGGGUGGCUGCAAUUCGUCUCCCAUCUGCCGUGAUGGGCGUUGAAGUCGCCUCCUACGAUUAGAUUUCCGCCUCUGCCCUGGAUUAGCUGGUUGAGUUCU